AUGGCCGGACCUAUCCUGCCGGCCUUCUCCAAGCUGAGUGCGCUGCUGCACACGCGCGAGGCGGAGCCCCGCAUGGACAACCUGGUGCUGCGGCUGCACUACCGCGUCACCGCUCGCAUCCUGUUGCUGUUCGCCUUCGUCGUGUCCACCCGCAGCCUGGCCGGCGAGCCGAUCGAGUGCACUACCGACUCAAGUGUGCCGCGCCAGGUUAUGAACAGCUACUGCUACGUGGCGGCGACAUUCAGCGGCGGCGAAGCGAGGCAUCACUCUUACUACCAAUGGGUACCGUUCGUGUUCGCCCUGCAGGCGCUCACCUUCUACAUGCCGUUCACAGUGUGGAAGCACAUGAGCGGUAACGUGCUGCGCAACUGCUUCAGCUUUCAGCUGGAUAUGCCGGACACGACGAUGCACGGGAGCUCAACCAAGCUGAUCUCCUUCGCGGGCUACCUCUCAGCUCGCAUGGGACGCGUCAACCAGGGCCUGGUCAAGGCAUUCUUCGUUGUCGAGUUCGCGUGCCUCCUGAACGUCAUCGGCAACAUCUUCCUGCUGGACGCCUUCCUCGGCGUCGACUUCGGCAGGCACAGUGCGGUUCGGCUGGCCACCUUCCUGGGUCUUGCGCACAAUGAUGGCAGCGCGGACACCGUGUUCCCGCCGGUCGCCAAGUGCACCUUCCUCAGGUACGGCUACUCAGGCACCAUCGAGCGCAUCGACGCCGUCUGCGUGCUGCCGCACAACGUUUUCAACGAAAAGCUGUUCGUGUUCCUGUGGCUGUGGGUCUCGCUGCUGGCUUCCGUGACGGUUGCACACGGCCUCUUCCGCGUCGUUUCGCUGGCCGUGCCCAAGGUGUUUGAGCAGUGCACCGUGUACGACUGGUUCCUGCUCUGCAACAUCGCCAAGCGGAUGGACACGCUGGCCUUCAGCGAGCUGGUGCACCACCUGGCCGCCAGCCACAAGGAGCUGCUGCUGCCGGUGCUCACCGCGCCCGGCAUGUCCAGACGCGCCUCGCAGUGGUCGGAGGGGCACCGCCGCUCCACCGACCACCCCAAGGUCACCCCCUGA